GCCCCGCCCCGGGAGGACGCAAGAUGGCGGCGGCGGCGCGCGGGCUGCGGCUGCCAAGGGCAGGCCAUGGAAUUUCUGUCCUGACUGCAGCGCCGUCGGCGUUGCAGCAGCACCGCCAGGUCCAUCACGCCGUGAUCCCUCAUGGCAGAAGUGGGAGAUCCUCUGUCAGUGGCAUUGUGGCCACUGUCUUUGGAGCCACAGGAUUCCUGGGACGAUACGUUGUCAACCGCUUAGGUCGCAUUGGCUCUCAAGUCAUCAUCCCCUAUCGCUGUGAUCAGUAUGACCUGAUGUAUCUGCGGCCCAUGGGGGACCUGGGGCAGCUUCUCUUCUUGGAGUGGGACUGUAGGGACAAAGAUUCCAUCCGAAGAGCCGUGGAACACAGCAAUGUGGUCAUUAAUCUUAUUGGAAAGGAAUGGGAAACAAAAAACUUCAAAUUUGAAGAUGAAUUUGUAAAUAUUCCUCAAAGUAUCGCACGGAUAAGUAAGGAAGCUGGUGUGGAAAAAUUCAUUCAUGUCUCUCACCUGAAUGCUAGUAUGAAGAGUCCCUCCAAAUACCUCAGGAACAAAGCUGUUGGAGAGGAAGCAGUGAGGGAAGAAUUUCCAGAUGCUGUAAUUUUGAAGCCCUCUGAGAUGUUUGGGAGAGAGGACAGAUUUCUCAAUCAUUAUGCAAACAUGCGCUGGUUUGGUGGCGUGCCUCUUGUUUCUCUGGGCAAAAAAACAGUCAAGCAACCAGUCUAUGUGGUUGAUGUAGCAAAAGCAAUUGUUAAUGCAAUUAAGAAUCCUGAUGCAAAAGGAAAAACAUAUGCCUUGGCUGGCCCUCACCGCUACCUCCUGUACGACAUGGUCGAGUACGUCUACGCCGUUGCCCACCACCCCUUCAUUCCCUACCCGCUGCCACGGCCUCUCUACCAUUUUAUUGCAAGAUUCUUUGAGAUGAAUCCAUUUGAACCAUGGUUGACACGGGACAAGGUGGAUCGGUUUCACACAACAGACAUGAAAUUUCCUGACCUUCCUGGUUUUGAAGAGCUGGGGAUUGAACCAACCCCCCUGGAACAAAAAGCCAUCGAAGUCCUGCGCCGUCACCGCAGGUUCCGCUGGUUGGACGCUGAGCUGGAGGAAGUAAAGCCAAAAACACAGCCCGUGUAACAGCUGGCAAGGGGGAUGCUUAAAGCUUCUUAAACUGCCUUUGGAUGACCCAACUUCUUUGGAGAACUGUGUACAUACUGAGUAAAAUGUAUUAAUCAUGUGAACUGUA